CCACCCGCCGCCGGCCACGGCGGAGACGGUGCUGAGUGGCCCUUGGGGAGCCGGCAGGGCCCUGGCACAGCCGGGUGUGGGGAGGGCACCGGGGCACCGGUUGGGAGGCUGCCGGGCCGGCCGGCGGGAUGCUGGCGUCAACCGAGCCCUGCACCGCCCUCGCUGCCGCUGGGAUGGGGAGGGAUGGGAUGGGUGGCGAGGUGCGGGUCACCUCGGUGUCCCCGCCUGGCAGAGCGGGACCCGCGCCCCAUAGCAGCGGUGCCGGGCGUGCCUCUGCCUGGCAUGGGCAGCGGGGAAGGCUUUGGCAGCAGGAUGGGGCUGUGCUGCCAGGCUGGGGCCCGCGGGCAGGGGGAUGGAGUGGGCUCCCAGCUGCUGGUCCCCACUGCAGGCGCUGGGAUCAGCGGUGGCGAUGCCACCAGGCCGGCCGUGCCGCCAUGGCGGGGCUGCCUGUGCCUGGAGCCCGGCCCCGGUCCUGGGUGCGCACAGAGGCAGACUUGGGCCACGAUGCUCAGGCGCUCCGGUGCCGAUGGCUGGGCUCUGGGUGCGCGGCUGUGACCGCGGGGCACUUGCCACUCGCGGGGACCAGGAGCUCUCCGGGUGUCACUGUGGGCCGGGAGGAGCUGGGGGGGUGCGCAGGGGGCUGGGGGGCUGCUGGUGGGGCGGCCGCUACGGGGCUCACCCCCCCCCCCCCCAGUACAGGGCGGGUGGGUUCUGUUUGUUCUCUUGUCUCUUCAAACCAUUUCCUUUCUUGUGUGCUCGCUGUUUUCUUCUUUCAAAGAGCGGGACCGCUUCCCCAGCCCACGUCCGGGCUCCCCUUUGGCAUCGGGACCCCCAGCCGCACCUCUGGUGCGUGCCCCUUCGGGGACCACCAGCCCGGCCGGACCCUGACCCACUCCCUUCAUUGCAGAUGGCAGCGGGGCUGUGCAGCCCCCAUCCCGCAGCCAUGCCACCCCUCAUGCCCCACGGUGUGGGCGCCUGGGCCGCCGCUGCUCCCUGCAGGCUUUGGGCAGGGUGAUGGGUGGGUGGGGGGACGCCCGGCCACCUGGGUCCCCUUCCCACCUCCCAAAGGGCGAGGGGCCCCUCUGGGGCGAGGGGCCGGGGCCCGAUGCGCUGCCUGGUGCUGCGUUCACCUUCCUGGGUGACUCAUUCUCCCCGGUGCGGCUGUGAAGUCCCUCGACAGCGUUUCAACUCUCGUUAAUGAGAGCAGCAGCACCCAGGAGCAGCCCGGAGCCGGAGCCGCGUACCCCGGGACCCCCAGCCCCUCAUCCUCCUGCCCACGGCAGGGAGCAGGCAGAGGCCCCGGGGUCCCCGCUUCCACCCCGGUCCCCAGGCCCCGAGCUCGGUGCAGGCUGGCCCCGUGGCUGUGUGCGGGGUGCUGGCAAGGUUCUGCAGCGGGGGACGCAGCCGGUUCCUGCGCCGGGUGGGUGCUGGCUGCCAGGUGCCGCGGGGCCGGCAGCGGCUGGGAUGUCAGGGUGACCCGGGAGCCAUUGUUCCUGCUGCAGCAUGCCCCGGGCACGGGAGCCGGCUCGGCGCGGGGAGCAACCCCCCCCCUUUUCCCCGGCCCUGUGCAGCUGCGGAGGGUAAAACGGGCCCGGCUGCGGGCAUUGACGUAACCGAGAAAGUGCUGGCUAGGUGGGGGCACGGGCAAUGCUGCCAGCCCCUUCCCCAGCUGGCUGCACCCUGCUGCAUCGUCCCCCCGCACCGGCCGGGGGACCCUGCCGUGCAGGGGGGGCUGGGGGCGGCUCUGGCUCCCUCACACCUUGCCCCCCCCCCAUUUCCUUAUCGCCGCUGCGAUCUCCUCAAUGGCACCCGCUCAGCAUGUGACUUCGCUCCAGUGGGGAGGAUGCGCGGGGGGGGGGGGGGUGUCGGGGAAGAAGCAGUAACGGGCGGUUUGGUGCGAUGGAAAAUCCCCCUCCUGCCACCUCUUCGCCCCCGCCCUGCCCCAGCGCGGGUCGCACGUCUGCAGGCAUCCGGCCCCAGCGGCCGCUCCCGGGGGUCCCGGCUCCUUCGCCCCGGCCUCCGAGCUGUGCCUCUGCCCGAGGCCGCGGGGAGCUCUGCAGCACCCGGGCUGCUCCCGCGGACGGGGAGCUUGGGCUUGGGUUCCCGCGUGCACCCUGCGGCACGGCGAGGCUGCCGGAGGGAUGCGUGAACGGAGGCCGUGUGUGGGCUUCGGAGCCCCCCGCGGUGCAGCUGGGGCUGCGGGUGCUGCAAAGGGCCCGUGGUGAAGCAGCACCCCAAAGGGGAGCGUGCCAGUGGUGCCAGCCCCGGCCCUGCAAACAGGAAGAGCCGUACGAGCGCGUCGUGCCCGGAUGUCUCAAGGGGCUGGGGGUGCUGGAGGGCACGUGGGGACCCUGGGGCAGCGGGUGCCUCCUGCUGCCAUCAUGUUUGUCCAGGGAAUGCAGCGAGUGACGGGCGAAGGAGGGCAUGAGUGGGCUGCCUCGCUCCGCCAGUGUUUCCUGCCCUGCUUUGCUCCCAUCCGUCUGUCCUGCCAGCGUGUCUAGCAGCAGCGAGUGCCACCUGUCCCAGGACAGCCGGUGCUCAGCCUGCCUGUGCCAGCCCUGAGGUGCUGCAGGCAGCGCUCGAUGGACACAGUGUCCCUGUCCCCCCACCCAAGGGCCACCCGAGCCCCGGCACAGGGUGCUCACCUCCCAUAAUCCUCCCCCUGCUGCUAAUCCUACCUAAUCUCAUCGGGGGCUGUCACUGCCUGUUGGCUCCCAGCGCCCUGAUGGCUUAAUCGCCCCUAAUCCGCUCGCGCCCACCCCGGCGGGCAGUGGGGACCUGGGGAGCGGCGCAGGGCGCGCGGCGGUGGGCACGGCAGGGUGGGA